AUGAUCGCUUGGUGGGACACGUACUUGAGUCAUACCCAUCCUGAUCAAGUCAGCUUUUACGCCUACCCAAUGACUGAAAAGGAGCGGCAGAAGGAGAAUGCCGCCAUGAAACUCCGUGACAUAGAGUACAAUGCCCAAAAUCCACAUGACCCGAAACCCAUCAUUGACUAUGACAUUUGGUACAAGCCUGCCAACGUCUCGAUGAACCGUCAUCCCGGGAACAUCGGUCACAAUGCCAUCACCUCCCAAUUCAAGAAGUUGUGUGCCCUGAUUGGUGUCCAGAAUGCCGAAAUAGCUGGUACAGGUCAGGCCAUCCGAGCCAAAGCUUGCACUGUCAUGAAGGGACAGAACGUUGACCCACAUGUGGUUGCCAAGUUCAUGCGUCACAAGAACAUCAAUACUCAAGGUGAGUAUAAUGAGCACUCGGCCGUGCAUGAUGCCAGUCGGUUUGCCGCCAUUGCCAAGUCCACGGUUGGAGAUAACAAAAAACGGAAGUCACCACCCGAAACCACCACCAAUCCUGAUCGAUCCACGGGUACUUCGACGAUUCAACGUGCACCUUCCACGGAAGAAUAUCCGCCUCAAUAUUCCAUCGGGCGCACGAUGGGAUAUUCCCAUGAAGAGUGCCGUGGGGGACCAGUCAUGAUGCCCGUUGGUCGUUCCGCUGUGCCGCUGCCUCAUCAAGGAAGUUUCGGCAAUGGGUUGUCCGAAUCCGAACGGCAGGAACUCGAAUACCUUCGUUCGCAACAAAUGAUGGCAAUGAAUCCAGAACGGAUGGAACUUGAACGUCUUCGGCGUCAAUCCUACGUCGCUCCACGUACUGCCUAUCCCGUCAGCAGUGCCGUCCCACCUCGACGCAACUUUGGUCAUGGUCUUCAUUUUGCUCAUGAAGGUUUUGCAUCGUUGGUCGAUCCACGUGGUCUGUACAAAGCGGAAAUGGGAGUAUUUCGUGAGCAAGUACUCUUUGCGACACAAUACGUUCCACGUCAACCAUCGGCACUUACCCCACAAGGAAACGGCGUCAUGGUCAUGGGUAGUAGUCCGGAUGAAGAUGAGAUCGACGAUCAGAAGAUGCCGGCACUUGGAGGAUCGAUGGGUGGUCAUGGUGGAAGUAGUGGAGGUUGGAAUGGACCGUCAUGGUAA